AACACGAAUUUGAAAAAGAAACACUCUCUCCACAAUGCCUUCCUCAAGCUCCGCCGGCCACCGCCGCCGCCGCCGAACCGCCGCCCUGACCCAGCCUCCGCCGCCCAUGACUACCACCCACGGCGGCGGCGACGACGGCGACGACGAUUUCCAGACUCGCCCCAAGCUCAGCUGCUCCCAGAAACCCCUCCAGCUCUCCAACGUUUCCUCCGGUGGCGCUCGCCCGACCAAGAAGCUGAAGCGGCCCACCCCAGCCCUCGGCAAGGAAAACGCCGUUCCCGCCUCGGCGGUCGGUCGGAGCAGCCCCGAGCCGCGUGAAUCGCUCGAUCAGAGGGCCGUCGGCUUGUUCGACACGAGCAGGGGCCGCGGCGGGGCGGAUGAUUUCGAGCUGGCCGAUGCCGACUGCAGCUUGGAUUUGAUAGAGUCGAGCAUCGAUUGCGAGCGCGCGCCCGUGGAUAGGCAUGUGGAGGAGGGUCGCGGUAGAGCUGGCGAGAGAAAUGAGAAGCUGGAGGUGAAUGAGGGCUAUUUGAGCCACUCGAUUGAGUCAAGGUUAAUCAAGGCAAAAUUAGAUUUUGGAUUCAGUGAUGGUGGUAAUUGUAGAGGUCUUGGUGGGGUUGAGAAGAAUAAGGAAGAUGGGUCGGUGGCGAAUGGGGGUUCUGCGAGCAAUUUGAUCGAGUCUGGGUCGAUUGCAGCGAAGGAGGAUUGUGGGCUGAGUGAGGUUGGUGAUGAGAGGGUUUCCGGUGCGCAUGAUGAUGAGUGUGAUGAGCCAUUUGAGGUGGGGGCGGACCUUGAUUUGCUGAUUAAGCUGUGUGAUGAUGAGGGGCCGGUGCAUUACUCCGAUGACAAAGAUGGAGAGGAAGCAGAGGAUGGUUGGGAUUGUGAUAGCGGGUUGGUUUGUUGUCCUUUAUGUGGUGUGGACAUUUCAGAUCUGAGUGAUGAGUCCAGGCAGAUACAUACCAAUGAUUGUCUUGACAAGGGAGAGGCACGACUUGAUGAGGUUCUAUUUCCUGAUGCCGAUGGGGCACCUUCACCUCGUCCUCAGGAAGCUGUUGGCUCACCUGUUAGUUCUCCCCAGCUAGCUGUUGAUAUCUCUCCAGUGCUUGGAUGGUUACGUAGCCUUGGUUUAGAUAGGUACGAAGAAGCUUUUGUUAGGGAAGAGAUUGAUUGGGACAGCUUGCAGUGCCUGACAGAAGAGGAUCUUUUGAAGAUGGGUAUUUCUGCUCUUGGCCCAAGGAAGAAAAUUGUGCAUGCUCUAAAUGAACUUAGAAAAGGAGUCCAAGGAGAAACUGCCGAGCAUGUGGAUAUAAAUGGAAAAUGUGGAGAUCAUAUGACAAAGACAGAACCUGGUGCUUCUAAAGCGAUGGUCUCUGGUGAUAGUAAAGUAGCCGCAAGCAAGCUGAUUACAGAUUAUUUUCUGGGCUCCUCUACAAAUCAGAAAAAGACCUGCAACAUUUCUACUCUGCAAAGAAGAGUCACAGAACAGUUGAGUUCCAGUCGUGGAUGUGCUAAAGUGAAUGAUCAUGUUAAAAAUGUGAAACCAAGGGGUCGUGUUAAAAAUUCGACACGAAGGGAGGUUCCCUUGUGGUGCCGUAUACCAGGGACGCCCUUUCGAGUGGAUGCUUUCCGAUAUCUUACAAGAGACUGUUCCCAUUGGUUUCUCACUCACUUUCAUAUGGACCAUUAUCAAGGUCUUACAAGGUCCUUCUGUCAUGGGAAAGUCUACUGCUCUGCAGUAACGGCAAAGCUUGUAAAUUUGAAGAUUGGUAUCCCUUGGGAACGGCUGGAAGUUCUACCAAUCAACCAGAAGGUUGUGAUUGAAAGUGUUGGAGUGACAUGUUUAGAAGCUAAUCAUUGUCCUGGUGCCGUAGUAAUCCUCUUUGAGCCACCAACUGGUGAGGUUGUUCUCCAUACAGGAGAUUUUCGCUUUAGUGAAGAGAUGGCUGGACUGUCCAUUCUGCAAGCAACUCGAAUCCAUACUCUUAUACUUGACACCACUUACUGUAACCCCCAGUAUGACUUUCCGAAGCAAGAGGCAGUGGCCCAAUUUGUUGUGGAGUCCAUCCAAGCUGAAUCCUUUAACCCAAACACUCUUUUUCUCAUUGGCAGCUACACAAUUGGGAAGGAGAGGCUGUUCUUGGAGGUUGCUCGUGUGCUACAUAAAAAGAUUUAUGUCAGUGCUGCAAAGCUGCGUAUUAUACAAUGUUUUGGGUACUCUGAGGAGGACAUGCAAUGGUUUACAUUAAAUGAAAAGGAAAGCCACAUUCAUGUUGUGCCUAUGUGGACCCUAGCCAACUUCAAAAGGCUAAAGCAGAUUUCUAAUCAGUAUCUGGGAAGGUAUAGUCUUGUUGUUGCCUUUUCUCCUACUGGCUGGACUUUUGGUAAAGGAAAGAAGAAGUGCACAGGCAGAAGGUGGCAGCAGGGAACCAUCAUAAGGUAUGAAGUGCCAUAUAGUGAGCACUGCAGCUUUUCAGAACUGAAAGAGUUCGUGAAGUUCAUAUCACCUGACAGGAUAAUACCAAGCGUCAACAAUGACGGGCCGGAAUCUGCCAAUUCCAUGAUUUCCCUCCUAACAUCAUGACUUCUUGAGAGAUAACUCUAUGGGUAGCGAUGAAAAAAUCUACAUUGGGUGCUAUCGGAAAAUUCUCCUCCUUUCAAAGUGGAUGAACAUGACAAGGGAUGAGAAAAUGGAGUUGGCCGAUGACUACCAGCACAAAACAUGAGGAUGUUGAGAUGUCUGGUGCCAGUAGCAACAAUAAUGAAAUACCAAGCAACAUCAAGUCCAGAGUGCCACGCUGAUGUAGGUUGAUAUAACUCUUGAUGAAUAGGCCAUUGCCCUCAAAGAAACUUGUUACAUAAUGAAAGCAUCAGCCACAAAAAUUCAUCUCCAUCUGCUUGCUAAUUUACUCAACAGAUGGGAUCAUUUUAUGUACAAAGAGUACUGAUGCAGCAAUGUUGUUUGAUAAUUGUGGGA